CUGACGGCUCGUUAGCUAGCACGUACAUGCUCUCCGUGAAUUUAUCACUAACUGCAGAGUCAAAAAAGUACAGACAAAAGCAAGAGAAUUCGGGACAUAGGUUAGAAAAAGAGGGAAACAUUCAACAGCACGGGAAAUGGACAAAUACGCGAUGUACAACACUUGCAUAGCAUUAGCUUAACAGCUCAUUUGAGCCAACAACUGCUGGCUCAGUUACAGCGUUUACAAGUGAUCAUGGAGGGCAUAGGUGAUGAAGAGGUUGCAGAUGGCCAACAUAUUCGGUCAUCAAACGCUAAUGUCUCUCCUCCCGAGUCAACAGAUGAGAGGUCCAAUGUGUCUCCAGAAAUCAUGGAUGUGGAUGAAGAGUCCAUACAUCCCACCACUCUGACUAACAAGCAGCGUGGGAAUGAGGUUACAGUCCGCCCUGCAACAUUGGACUCUCUGUCUAUACAUCAGUUGGCAGCUCAAGGCGAGGUUUCACAAGUGGCUGCACACCUGAGUAAAGACAGUUCACUGCUAAGUCAACAGGAUGAACGGGGCUUCACGCCUCUCAUGUGGGCAGCAGCGUUUGGAGAGAAAGCUGUGGUGGAUUUCCUAUUGGAAAAGGGUGCAGACCCCAAAACCAUUGCAAGGGAGCGAGAGAGUGCCCUGACCCUGGCCAGCUCCGGGGGUUACGUGGACAUUGUGGUGUCUCUUCUCAGACAUGGAGUAGACAUUAACACAUUUGACUGGAAUGGGGGAACUCCUCUACUUUAUGCUGUGCGAGGGAACCACAUCAAAUGUGUAGAGUCACUCCUAGCCAAAGGCGCAGACAUGACCAUCGAGUCUGACUCUGGGUACAGUCCAAUGGCCUUAGCUGUUGCCCUUGGACACACAAAGAUUCAGAAAGUGUUGGAGGACCAUAUUCUGAAGCUGUACACACCACCUACAUGACAAGAGUAAAAAAACGGUCGGACGCUGUUUAUCUCAGAUCUACUAACAGCUCUUCAGAGACAUUACCAUCAUGUAAACUACAUUUGCUAUUUUAUACCUAUUGUUUAUUCCACUUGUAUGCAUUACAUUGUUCAUCUACUAUGUACAAACAAGGACUAAAUGCUAUGUUUUGCAGCAGAUUUUAUUUUUGUUUGGCUGAAGCACAGCAAUGAACAAGUUUGAAUAAAAACAUAUUUUUAUACUGUG